AUGCAGGCAAGAAGGUAGGGGAGCAAUGACUUGUAUUGGUGUAAGACUUCAACCUGGCCCUCGCAAAGGAAGAUGGGCGAGGGCCAUUGUUUAUAUACCUGCUCAGGGGUUCGGCCCGGGCAUCAGUCUGCGGUCGUGGCGCCACGGCGUAGCGUAUGCCAGCUGGCAGUGUUCUAGCCAGUUGGUGACAAGUGGUGGGCGCGCACCCUGUGCGCGCAGUUGGUGUUUGGGGUGUCCUUUUCCUUACAGUACGCCUGAUCAAGGUGGUCACAAUAGGAGCAACAAGCAGGGCAAGCAAUGACUGGUAUUGGCGUAAGAC